UGCUUGGUAAAAGCGAUGUCAGAAUAUGCAGAGCGCAGUCAGCGCCCAAGAGUUUCCACAGUCGCACGCAUCAUGCUGUAUCCUUUACUACUGACAUGCGUUCUCACUACCGUGGUCGCUGCACCGGCGUCCUACGACCAACGCCAAGAUGGUGACUUCAACGUACGGGCCGACGUACAAAACGUACUGUUCUUAGUCGUAUUACCUGAAAAAGUGCCGACUGGACUUCUAGGAUAUUUGAAAAAUUCAAAGCCUAACCACGACCACCAGCUGCAAGAGAGAGCAGAUAUCCAUGUUAUGGAAGCAUUUGUGGAGCCGAACACCCCUUACCAUGUGGAUAUUGGAACGCCAAGUGAUAGGUCUGCUGAAGGAGACGGGCGCGCUGUGGAAGUAGUGAUUGCUGGCCGCCGCAAUAACGUUAGUAGCGAAGGUCAAGAAGACGAGCUCAAACUGCUGGGUGCUACUGAGCAAUGUGGACCAGACAGAGAAAGGGAUCCUGUGACUCUCACAUGCCGAGAAAUACAACAAUCAAAAUCCGAACUGGAGCCCAUACAGUCGGACAGCAAAGUAAACGAACCUGCGAUACAGCCCGAAGUUGUUCCCGUUUCAUAGUUUAGUGAUUUGUUUUAUUUAGUUAACUUAUUUGCCUAAAGUAAUAUCGCCAUUGUAACGUAUUGUUUAAUAAUUUAUUUAUUUUUAAGGUUAAAUAAUA